GCCAGCAAGGAGAGCGUGCGUGUGUGCGUGCGUGCGUGCGUGCGUGUGUUGUGUCUGCUGACAUCACAGCUGGAAGUGCCUUGUCACACGGGGUUAGUAAAAGUUGGAAUCGGAGCUCCACGGGGCGAGAGCGACGCGGAAAGACAGGCCGGCGUAGAGGCAGCGGACCCGGGCUCGAGGUUUCCGACCGCUCGCUGACUUCACGACGAACGUUCAAACACGAGCGACGGAUAAGUUGGCAACUUCUCUUUUUGUUUGUGUUGAAAAAGAGCGGCAUACUCAGCGAGGGCGACUUUUUUCGAAGUUAAACCCUUUUAUGCCAAAUUCGAAGACUCUUGGAUUUGUAGAAGUCAAGAAGAAGUACACUUUGGCACGGCGGUUGAAGCCACAAAUGAAGCAAAGUUAAAGUUCGGCUUCGUGCCAUUCAGUACAUGUUGCGACGUUUUCGGAGAGCAUAAAACUGCUUGGACGGUCGAGCGGCGGCGUGGAGGGGUGGGGGGUGGGGGUGGGGGGGGUUCAGAGUCUAGUGAGCCGAGCUGUCAAACCCGAUGACGACGGCAAACUGCCCCGGCAAUGAGGAGCUGGACUUCCGACUCAUCUUCGGGGAGGACGGGCAGCAGCAGCCGUUGGGCCCCGCAGAUCUGGAGCCUGAUGACAACACAUCGUUCUACAUCCUAAGCCAGCCCCCAUCAGUGGUCACGAACCACCAGUCAAUCAGCCUUCCUCGUCAUGGCACACAGUCCCACUCCUCGCUCAUCAGCACUUCGCCUCGCCUUCAGUCACACAAACAAGGACCCAUGUACCUGAGUUAUGAGGCACAAGACUCUAAGUAUGGCACCUCCCCCUUGCUCCCUUCUGCUCCAGUGGAGGCACCAAAAGCCUUCGAGUGCCCCAGUAUUCAGAUCACCUCCAUCUCCCCGAACUGCCAGCAGGAGAUGGAUGUCAAUGAACAAGAUCUAAGGGCAAAUGGCCCUGAUAGGGACUAUCGCAGUGAAAGGCCUCUUUCCAGAGACCACCUCUAUUUGCCUCUUGACCAUUCAUACCGGGACUCCUCUCUCAGCCCAAGCCCAGGCAGCAGUCUCUCAUCUAGGAGUUGGUUUUCUGACGCCUCCUCCUGUGAAUCAUUUUCCCAUGUCUACGACGAUGUUGACGCUGAGCUCAAUGAAGCUGCCGCUCGCUUCACCCUGGGCUCGCCGCUUACAUCCCCGGGCUGCGCCUCCCCUCAAACGGGCAUCGGAAAUCUGGAGGAGCAGCCGCAGUGGCAGCACCCUCACCCCUCCUUCGUCCAGCAGUCCCACUCUGUCACUCUGUCACCUCGACAGUCCCCCUGCCACUCACCGCGCACCAGUGUCACUGAUGAGAACUGGCUUAGCCCACGGCCACCUUCUCGGCCCUCCUCGCGUCCCACCUCACCCUGUGGGAAGAGGCGCCACUCCAGUGCGGAUAUCUGCUAUCCUGGCUCCGUGUCGCCACAUCACUCACCCUCACCCACGCCGGGACCUUCACCUCGGGGCAGCGUGACAGAGGACACCUGGAAUGGCAGUCCGUCUGGAGGAAUGCUGCCCUUCCAGUGCUGCCAAUCGGAGGCAGAUAUCCCAUCCAAGACAAGGAAGACCUCACAGGACACAACAGCCAUGCAGACAUCAGCGAAAGGAGAGUUAGGAAUAGAUGACCAAGGAAAUAUGCCUCCUAAUCUAGACUCUCCCUCAGAAGAGGUCCUCCACAGCCUCAAGAAGGAUGGGCCUGGGGAGCAGUUCCUCUCUGUACCAUCCCAUUUUUCAUGGAAUAAACCCAAGCCUGGACACACACCUAUAUUCAGGACAUCCUCACUUCCUCCCCUCGACUGGCCGCUUCCAAGUCAGUUCGGCCAGUACGAUCUGAAGAUUGAAGUGCAACCUAAAGCGCACCACCGAGCGCACUACGAGACCGAGGGCAGCAGAGGAGCUGUCAAAGCGGCAUCGAGUGGCCAUCCCAUUGUCAAGUUGGUUGGCUACAGCGAGAAGCCUGUCAACCUGCAGAUGUUCAUUGGAACAGCUGAUGACCGUUACUUGAGGCCACACGCCUUUUACCAAGUGCACCGCAUCACUGGGAAAACCGUAGCCACUGCCAGCCAGGAGAUUGUGAUCACCAGCACCAAAGUUCUCGAAAUUCCUCUCUUGCCUGAAAACAACAUGUCUGCCAGUAUUGACUGUGCGGGCAUCCUCAAGCUACGAAACUCAGACAUUGAACUGCGAAAGGGGGAGACGGACAUAGGAAGGAAGAACACCCGCGUACGGGUGGUGUUCAGAGUUCACAUCCCUCAGCCGAACGGGAAGGUUCUGUCGCUGCAGGCUGCCUCCAUUCCUGUAGAAUGCUCCCAGCGAUCGGCUCAAGAGCUACCCCAGGUUGACAAAUCUAGUCUGACCAGCUGUCUCGUCAAUGGGGGAGAGGAGAUGGCCAUCACUGGGAGCAACUUCUUUCCAGAGUCCAAAGUUAUCUUCUUGGAGAAAGGCCCCGAUGGGCGGCCACAGUGGGAAGUGGAGGCCAAAAUCAUCCGGGAGAAAACUCUUGGCUCAUGCAUUGUAGUGGAAGUCCCACCUUACCACAGUAAGACUGUGAGCUCAGCUGUACAGGUGCAGUUUUAUGUCUGCAAUGGAAAACGGAAACGGAGCCAAUCCCAACGCUUCACUUACCUUUCAGUGAUGGUGAAACAGGAGCACCGGGAUGAGCUGGACCAUCCCGCUUUACCUGCCAUGUCCAUGCCCCUGACACACUCUGCCAGUCUGGUGCGCCCUCAGCUGCCUUCCCCCGAUCAGGGCCACCCAUCGGAUAACCUUCUGUCCACCUCCCCGCAUGGCCUGGCCUCAGGCUCAGGACCCGUCCUGCUACCCCUGCAGGCUCCAUGCCCCUCCAUGGGCUCCCCAUCCUUCCAGCACCUGCCUCACCUCCAGGGUCGCAGUUUGCACCACGCCCCCGCCGACUGCCACAUGACGUUCCAUCCGAGCUCCUCUCCUAUCCCCCUUCCUGCCUCCUCCUCGCCCUCGCUGCCCGCGUACCAGCCCAUGCAGCGCAACCAGAGUCAUGCUCACAGCCUGUCCUUCAAUGGCCAGUCCAGCCUUUCACCCCAGAGCUAUGACAGGAUGCCUUUCCAGCAGAGUCCCAGUGCCGCGUCACACCCGCUGGGCAUGGGGAUGGUGUACUCCUCCUCGCCCUGCUCCUCCCCAUCGACGCCUGUGUCGUCAGGCCCCAUCGUGGGUUCUCCGCAGAGCCACCAACCCCUUUUCACCCCCUCAUCCCCACACCUCCACACGCUCGGAGGGUACCACUGCUCCCCAAAUCCCGCCCAGGUGCCCUCCCCUACCGGCCACCCACUCGUGGGGCCCCACUCAACCCAGCUGCAGCGAGCCCUGGGCUACCACCCAGUGAGUCAACGCUCGGCCUCUUGUCCCACACCAACCACCGCGCCUCCUCCGCAUAUGAUCCCAUCUGCCCACUCCGGGCCAUCUUCCCCUCAGCUCCACUCGUUGCCCUACCAGUCUCCCACCUCCUCUUCGCCAGGUAACAGUCCCUUGGGCCCCUUGCAGCAUCCGCAUUCAGGACAGCCUUCUCCCCAGGCGGCUAGCCCAGUCAUGGCCAGCUUGUCCCCGACAGCUUUGGUACACCCGCUAAGCCCCCAGGGGCCCUUCACAUCGGAGGGCGAGAGGGUGAACAUCAAAGAGGAGCCAGAGGAUAGGGAGCCCACCUUCCGCUCUAUAGGCCUACAAGACAUCACCCUGGAUGAUGUGAACGAGAUCAUCGGUCGAGACAUGUCGCAGUUGCCCAGCGCCCGCGGCCCCACACGAUCGACCCACGGCGCCCAGUCGUAGCUCACAGACCGGACGCAGACUUCAACUCCCACAAUGCAACACCCAUCAGGACAGCUAAAAAAUACUGCAUACCAAAAUCAAGAGUGUCGAUUUGUGUGAAUUUUUUUUUUUUUUUACAAAAUCACCCUUUUUUUUUGAAGCGAUCAAAGCAUUUGUAAUCCCAGCAAGGAGUAGAAGAAGAAGAGGCUCAACAUUCCGCAACUGUCAAUCACCUGUAAAUCUCUGGACAUGAACGCGGUUGCUGUCAUCACUUUUAACGUUUAUAGAAAUAGACUGCUGGGAAUGCUGAUAACUGCCUUACUAUUAUUGUUAUUAUUAUAGUGAACCCCGCUAUUUGUGGGCAAUAGGGAAGGUUGACACCAACCCAAAAAAGUGGUUUGUAAAUACCCAUAGAUGCCACAAGAUGGCAGGAAAGCACUUUUUUCUAUGAGACAAAAGCUAUGUCCUGACAAAAGGAAACUCCUCCCCUCCUUUCAACAUAGUUGCUUGGCCACCAGAUGUCGCCAAAGCAUUAUGUUUCCAUUAGGCAUGCCUUGGCCUGAACACAAAAACAGCAAAUAUUUGUAUUAUUAUUAUUACUACCUGUGUAGCAGCAUUGAAUGGCAGCAAGUUUCCCUUUCCAAAAAAGUUAAAAUCUUCAGACACCAUUUUGUUGACAAGAUACAAGAUGGCUGCUCUUCUUCUCGGUGCAAUAGAUUUUCCCAGUGUGCCUUGUUUGCAACAAGACAAACUUUGUCCAAGUAUUUUGUAAUAAAAAUAUAGUCCACAAAAUGUCAUCCAACAUCUGGAUGUGAAGACGUCUUCCAUGUCCUUUAAAAAAAAAAAAAAAAAAAAAAAAAUUAGAAUUUUUUUUUAGAGAAUAACCACAGCAAUAACACUCAAAUUGGACUGUUUUUCCCCCGUCGGCCUUAUGAUGACGAGUCUAUGCAUUCACCUUAAGCCUAACAAGCCUUCACAACCCCGAAAUAUGAACCCUGUAAAGCAGGGGUGGGUAACCUCUGGACCCACCGGAACAAAUGAUCAAGCUCCGCCUUGUCAUAUUUUUUUCUGAAAUUUACUACGGCCCUCAGAGGAUUUAAUGAGAACUGAGGAAACCCACCGCUGAUCUGACCUGAAGACAGCCAAGGCCCACAUUGUGUCUGUGUACGUGUGUGUGUGUGUGUGUGUGUGAGAGAGAGGGGUGUUCAUACCAAAUCUAGACAAAAGUCCUAUUUUCAAGUACAUGUGUACUUAAAGCUAUGCAAAGUACAGUAAAUAUGACAAAGGAGUUACUUUAACUUCACAGCAGUAGAAUGAGAAUUGCUUUUUUAGCUUGCCUUAAUUCGUUUUUUGUCAAUGUGUGCUGGUUUUUUUUCAUUUUUUUUUUUUUAAUGGGCAGGACAAAGCGUAGAUUUUGUUGGUUGUUUUUAAAGCUUCAAAACAAAUCAAGAAACUGCGUCGUCUUCGGCCACAACCAAAGAGCGAACAAUACAGCGUGUUCCCACUUGACAAAAAGAGACUGUACUCAACUCUAUUUUUGAUACUUUUUUUUUCAAAUGGAUGUCAUUAAUUUAAAUUAAAAAAAAAAAAAAGGUUUGGGGGCAUAUACUGUAUGAGUGUUGAACGAUAUAUAUAUAUAUAUAUAUAUAUAUAUAUAUAUAUACAUAUAUGACAAACAAAAAAGACGACACGUAUGAGAUGACGUUGACAACCUUUGCAGCUUGUUUUUUUUCCUUUGUUACCCGUCUGUAUAUGACCUAAUUUGUACAGAAAUAAUCAAAAUAAAAAAAAUCAUUAAAAAAAAAAAAGGGAAAUGCAGGUUUAGCUGAUGUUUACCAAGCCUUGUAUUGUCAACUGUUGUAUAUUUUGUAUGUUAAAGGUUUUGUUUUUGGUUUUUUUUUGCAAUUUUUAAGACUGCAGUGCUUUUGGAACUUAUUCAAAGGGAAUAACUUGCCUCAUGCUGUAGGUUUCCAAAGUAGUGACUAUCAAUAAAAUGAAAAAAGAAAAAAAAAGUUAACCUUCCCCUUAUAUUUUUUUCCUCCCACUGAGUUUUUAAUUACUUUUUAAAAAAUUUGAUUGGCUGAGUGACAUCACAUGGGAGGAGUAACAAUGCAUGUGAUUGGUCUCUGUAUUUCUUGUGUGCUGUAAUGAUCAGAAGAAUAUGAAGGAUUUCAGGCUUAAAUAGAGCCAAUUAAUAAUAAAAUGUAAAGUGAGUCAUUAAAAAAGCUGUUGAAUAGGAUUGAUUUAUUUUAGAUUAGUUUUAAUUGAGAGUUUAAUAAAUUGACGUUUCAACGGGACCUUUGAUCCGUUAAUUGUGAAAUAAUCACCAGGGUUAAACAUUAACAGAGCAAAUGGUUGGUGGCCCACUGAAACCUGCAUCACGGUAAAGACAAACAGCUUCGUAAAAACCAUGUGACUUGCAUAAUUUGCAUGUUUGCCUUCAAAUGCUGCUGAUACAAAUGCAUAAAUGAUCCUAACUACUCAAAACCAUUUCACAUUUGUCUUUAUACAUGCAUAAUAACGGUAAAGACGUGGUUGUUCUGACACUAACAUAGUCGUACAUACCUCAGAAAUACAACCAUCUAUUUUGCUGUCUGAUAUUGUGUGAAUGCAAAAUGGCUGCCACAUCCUAGCACCUCAGAUCACAGAUCCCUCUGGUGUAUUGCAAAAUAAUGAGGCUCCCUCCAGUGGCAUUAACGGUAAAGACAACUUGAGUGACAGGACCAUUUGUAAAAGAACCAUUAAAAAAAAAAAAAAAAAAAAAAACUCUUAAGACACUGA